UGGACACUGAAAGCUGUUGCGCAAUUUCCAAACAGGUCGCUGCAAUUAUGAGACUACUGUCUCUUAGGUCUUUCGGGUGCUUCUCAACCCCUGUAUAUCGGGGUAUGGCAUAUUUUCACAUUGAAUGGAAGCCGAAACCGUACCCCUGCACCAAAGCCGAACGGGAAGCGGCAGCCAAACGCUACAAUCUUUUGCCAUCUGAUUAUAAACCAUUUGAAGAUGAUGGUCUAGCACCUGGUGACUAUUUCUAUGUGGAACCAUAUAACGUGAAAAGCUGCGACCCAUGGGAACCUUACGAUUUCCCAACCGAAAGACGAUACUACAAUGACCCGUUGCCAUUCAACGCACAGAAAUAUUCAGCUACUGGAUAUGAUCCCGAAGCAAUGAAGGAAAUUUUAAAUGGCCACUCACAGUGGUAUAUGCUGUUAAAAACGUUUGCCCCACUUUUUGUUCUUGGAUUUCUUAUGUAUAUCGGUCAAAGAUAUUGUUACUUUUACCCGUUGAAAGCAAAACAGUAUCCAUGGGCAGAGGACGAGAAGAAUCACUAUACUUUCGAACGGCUUGAAUAGAUCUUUAUGUUCAAAUAAUAAAGUAAUGAAAUCGUAGUAAGC